CAACAGAAAGGAAUAAACAGAAAAAGAAUGUAGCGAAAGCAGGCUGUUCACUGGAUAGAAUGCACUACCGGUCAGCUGGAAUCCAGCAGAGAAUGAUGCUGCUGUUUGCUUUGGAUCUCAUCUUCAUUGGUUGCUCUUCAAGACGUUUUCAAUGGGCCUGACUUAGCAGGAGCUGUCCUAGGUGCUGGAAUGCUCACUGCUCAAUGGUGGAAGGUUAAGGCUUGCAAAUCCGGGCCAGAGACUAGUGAUCGCUGUCUGAUCCUGAAGGAGGUAGGGGCUUUCUUUGUUUCCAUAUCCCUGAUUAAUCUACACUACAUCAGCAUCAACAGACUAAAGCAGUCACAAGAGAGGAAGAGAGAAAGAGAUCAAGUGUGCCAGCAGCCACAAGGGGAGGGAGUGUACUGCGAGCCAGACUGUUUGAAACCGUCUGCAUCUUAGUAGAGAUGAGAGCUACAUCUUCUCAUCAGGAACAAGCCAUUGCCAUGGAUCAUCUUUUAUUCCACAUUUCCUAUAUGUCUUUACCUCUCUGCAAUGCAUUCAAAUGAGGCACCAGAGCCAGCUGAGUGUGAUUGCCUUUGAUAUUGCUGUGAUAGUCUGUGUAGUAAAGUGGAGAGAGAGAUCAUCCACAUCCUGCCUUGUUGGACCACAGAACAGGCUGGUUCUUCAUACACACCCAUUAUCUAAGCCCUGCUAUUGAAGGAUCUGGAUUUUAAACGAAAAACCAUCACAUUCAAUUUUGUUUUUUCCACCAAAAUUUUGUAUUCAACUUCAAAGGCCAAGAGGCUUUUUUUUUGGAGAUUUAUAUCAUAAUUCUAUAUAGUGAUGCAAGAGUGUUCUACUUUAUCAUAAAAUGCACUUUAUAUGAAGAAGGACAGUCUAAUGCAAGUCUGUUUUAUGGUGCUGAAAUAUUCUCUAGGAUUGCACUGAGAAACCCUGAAGAAGGGCUUCAAGAGACACAUUUCAUUAUCUCACCUUGCAGAGCAACUUGACAUUAUUGUGGUCAGCUUGUCUGCUUUUAAAUUACCUCCUGCAAAAUGAUGAGUUCAAACAAAGAGGAGGAUCCGCUGGGAGCAUUUCUCCAGUAUAUUGAAGAUAUGGGUCUGAAGGCCUACGAUGGUUUGGUUAUACAAAAUGCCUCAGACAUUGCUCGAGAAAAUGACAGAAUGAGGAAUGAAACAAACCUGGCCUAUUUGAAAGAAAAAAAUGAAAAGCGUAGGAAACAAGAGGAGGUUAUUAAACGAAUAGGAGGAGAGGUCGUACGAGGAACCGAAGGAAGUUAUGUCAAUAAACAUUUCCGCAUGGGAUUUAUGACUAUGCCGGCACCGCAAGACAGGCUACCACAUCCAUGUUCCAGUGGAUUUUCAGUGCGUUCGCAGUCUCUUCAUUCCGUCGGAGGCACUGAUGAUGACAGCAGUGGUUGCUCCCGUAAACAGCCACCUCCAAAGCCAAAACGAGACCCAAACACAAAACUGAGCAUUUCAUCUGAGACUGUUAAUUCUGGAACAUUAGGCAAGAGUCCAAAGUUCACAGACAGGACAGAUGUGGCAACGAAACAAAGGCCACAUAGUGAUGAAUAUACAAAGAAGAUUCCACCUCCCAAGCCAAAACGUAACCCAAACACUCACCUUAGUACUUCGUUCGAUGAGACCUACAUUAAAAAGCAUGGUCCCAUGAAGAGUUCUUUAUUUAGAGAUGCAUCUUCAUCUCAUAUCUGCAGCACUGCUUUAGACACAGGGGAUGAAGAGCCUGUUUAUAUAGAAAUGGUUGGAAAUAUAAUAAGAGACUUUAAAAGAGACGAGGAAGACCAAAGCGAGGCAGUGUAUGAGGAAAUGAAAUACCCAACGUGUGAUGAUGUAGGCCAAGACUCAAGGUGUCUUUAUGAAUUAGAUCAUAUUAGUUGUUCUUCUCAGUGUGCUACUCCCACAGUGCCUGACUUAGAAUUUACCAAGUCCUCAGUGCCAUCAACGCCAAAGGGACAGGUAUGUGACAUCCCCCCUCCAUUCCCAAAUUUACUUUCUCAAAGGCCUCCUUUAUUGGUGUUUCCACCAGCACCUGCACAGUGUUCACCAAAUUCUGAUGAAUCUCCUUUAACUCCGCUUGAGGUUGCAAAGCUUCCUGUAUUAGAAAAUGUGUCUUACAUCAAACAGCAAGCUGGUGCUUCACCACCACCUGUCCCAUCACAUAUUCCAGGGCAUCAGAAAGUGGAAAAAGACCAGACACCAUUGUCACACGGGACUACUCCAUCUGGACACUCAUCCUCUCCACCACAUCCUUCUACCAUGUACAGAACACAGUCUCCGCAUGGUUAUCCUAAGUGUCAUUCUGCUUCUCCUUCUCCUGUAAGCAUGGGUAGGUCACUGACUCCUCUAAGCCUCAAAAGACCUCCACCUUAUGACCCUGUGCAUUCAGGAAGUCUAUCAAGAAAUACUCCAUCAGUGCCUCAUUCUACAGUCAGAAACACACAACAUGAAGGGAAGUCAGUUAAUGCAUCUCCCAGUAUUUAUAAUUCAUCUCAAAGCAGCUCACGGUCCAGAACACCAACAAGUCCCCUAGAAGAAUUAUCUAGCCUAUUUACCUCAGGAAGGAGCCUGCUGAGGAAGCCCUCCAGUGGAAGACGUUCUAAAGAACCUUCUGAAAAGCCAACAGAUGAAAUGAAGGUCCGUAGCCACAGUACAGAACCCCUACCAAAGUUGGAAAACAAAGACAGAGCCAGUCACCAUUCAUCACCAUCCUCCAGAGAAUGUGGAAGAUCUCAGGAAUGGGAUGGAACUCCAGGACCAGCACACGUAUCGAGUAGACUUGGAAGAUCAUCUGUUAGUCCAACGAUGCUUGCGGGAAACAACAGCUCAGAAAUGAAAAUAAGCUGCAAAUUAGGUCGAUCAGCUUCCACAUCAGGUGUGCCUCCUCCUUCAGUUACCCCCCUCAGGCAAGCCAGCCAGCAACCACAGAGCCAGAUGUCAUCUAUGCAGUGGCUAUAUGGAGACCACACAAUGAUGGAGACAAUUGAGAAAAAACGUUCUUUGUGUAGAGAGAUUAAAGCAAGACAAAAAAACGAAAAGGGACUGUGUAAACAAGAAAGCAUGCCCAUCCUUCCAAGCUGGAAAAAGACCAACGGCUCCAAAAAAUACAGUCCUCCUCCAUAUUCCAAACAACAAACUGUGUUCUGGGAUACAGCUAUAUGACACAGGCCUUGUCUGAAGAAUUCUCCACAUGGUACUAAGGUUUGAAAUGUGCAGGUAGCAACCCCAAUGAAAUUGACCGUUGGUAAAAACAUGGUUGCUUUUGAUCACCUUUAGCAAAUCAAAGAAGACAGACCUACCUACUUCAAAUCUCAAAUAUUUACCUUUUUUUUUUUUUUUUUGCAAAUGUAUACCGAAAAAUAAUAUUUAAUGUAAAUAAAAAAAUUUCUUUAUGCUAAAAAUGAAUACAAUCUAAUUAAAAUUUAUGAAUAAUUUUGAUAUUUUGUGUAAUGUAAUAAUUGUAAUGUUGUUUUAAUAACUAUUUUCUGUGAUUAUUUUUUGGUUAUAUCUUGGUAUGCUUUGAAAGUUUUACUGAGACAUGCAUUUUUGCAUUAGUUGAGACAUUUAUAUUAGGAAAGAAGAAAA